CAUGCACAAACAAAGCAUAUUUUUUAAAAAAUAAAAUAAGACCAAAUGACAGUACUAAAAUUGCACACAAAGAAAACAACUUCCUAUCUCAAAGGGCAAAUUGCAUCACAAGCAAAAUAAUGUGUAUAUAAAGAGGGGUCAUUUUGCACCAUUUCCAUCACAAACAUCAUCGGCAAUAUGUCAAAGGCACCUACGACUCCGAGGAGCGGCAAAACGGAGGCCGAGGAUCGUAAGUAUGAGGAUUUCAAUCCACAUCUUGAGCGGCAAGAAAGGGUACUCGUUCGUCUUCCAGAUUUUAAAAGGAAUGAAUUAAGGGUUAGCAGGAAGAAGGGAAGGGUGACCGUUGAGGGGGAGCACCGCAUUGGCGAAAACAAAUGGAAAAGGUUCCAAGAAAACUUACCAAUUCCGAACGACUGUGUCGAGGAAUCUAUCACAGCGAGGUUCGAAAAUGGAAUCCUCGCCAUAACAAUGCCACUGCGAACCAAGAAACAAGAUCAAGGUGACAAGGAAACCGCCCCAAACACCCAUGUGCCUCCUCACAAGGAGGAGACUCAAGGUGGGUCCCCUCCAAAAACAACUUCAGGCGAGGACCGCGAGAACCCAACCCCACAGAAGCCACUAAUUCAAAGCGAAGUCCCUCCAAAUCUUACCCCAGCAAUACAUCCAGCACAUGUAACAGACAAUAAUAAGCAUGACAACAAGGCUGAUAAAGCAGAGAGCCAGAUUGCAAGUUACAGGCAGGCGAUUAAGAGGCUUACCGAGUCCAAUGAAGAUAAGCAGUUGUUGGUGAACGCUGUGGUGGCUGUGCUUGUUAUUGUAGCACUUGGGGCUUACAUCUUCCGCACGCAAGUGACUGAGUAGGCUGAUUCCCAGCUUGACUUCUAUAGUUCUAUCAUGAAUUCAGCUGCUCAAAUAUUUACAUAGCAAAACCCAAAACCGUUCCAAUUAUAUGAUUUAUGAAUGAAAAAAGUUGUGAUAUCAGGCGUGUAGAAGAAUGCAUACUACUGACCUUGAUCCUAGCUACGAUGGGGUUUGUGGAAUGAAAUUUAUAUUGUCAAUUAAGUAUCUAAGUUCUAACAUUAGUUUGAAAUAAUAACUUUAUAAGUUUAUG